AGCCAAUGGGAGCCUUGCCACUGACAUGGAAGGACAUAUGCAUGACAUUCCAUACCUGUACUCUGCAGUACCAAGCCCCAGCCUUCCAGAAUGCCAUCUGCUGCAGCUGGGUCUAACACAGCUUCAGGUAUUGCCAGAAUGACAACAGUAAGUGGGUCUGCUGCCGUGAAAACUACAAAGUCCUGCAAAAGGCACAAAAGUGUGAGGCAGCAUGCCAACAUGUAUGCGUACAAGGAGCCACCCCGCAGUAACUCAGGUGAUGAUAAUGGUGAUUUAAAUGUGGACAGCAACGACCCAGAGCAGAUCUUCCAGAAUAUACAAUUUCAAAAAGAGAUCAUGGCAAACAUCCGUUGCAGACCAUGGGCCAUGAGACAGAAGCUGAGGGCACUCAGACAAGCUAAGGAGAUUGUGUUGAAAUAUGAAGGCAGGCUCACUAGAACAAGAGGUUACCAAGCAGCUGGUGCAGAGCUCUGGAAGAAGUUUGUUCGGCUUGCAUAUAACUUUAUGGUAAUCUUCAUUCCUUGGGAAAUGAGAAUAAAGAAAAUAGAAAGUCAUUUUGGAUCCGGAGUUGCCUCUUAUUUCAUCUUUUUGAGAUGGCUAUUUGGAAUCAAUAUUGUGCUUACCAUAAUGACAGGAGCAUUUGUGGUCUUACCGGAGCUCCUGGCAGGAGCGCCAUUUGGAAGCACCAUCAGCAAGACCAUCCCAAAGGAGCAGUUUGCAUCAGCACAGGACCUGGACACCAUCUGGUCACUGGGGGGUUAUCUCCAGUACUCUGUUUUGUUCUACGGCUACUAUGGCCGAGAUCGGAAGAUUGGUAAAGCUGGGUAUCGGCUGCCUCUGGCUUACUUCCUUGUUGGAAUGGCAGUGUUUGCUUAUAGCUUCAUCAUCCUCUUAAAAAAAAUGGCAAAGAACUCAAGAAUGAGUCUAGCAAGUGCCUCUGAUGAAAAUUAUACUUUCUGCUGGAGAGUGUUCUGUGCUUGGGACUAUUUAAUAGGAAAUCCAGAGGCUGCAGAAAGCAAAGCUGCUGCAAUAGUUAAUAGUAUCAGGGAAGCUAUUUUGGAAGAGCAGGAAAAGAAGAAAAGCAAAAACCUGGCUGUGACAAUAUGCUUAAGGAUUAUUGCAAACAUCCUUGUGCUUCUCUCACUUGCCGGAAGUAUUUACAUCAUUUACUUUGUUGUGGAUCGAUCCCAAAAAUUAGAGCAUACCAAAAAGGAACUGACGCUUUGGGAGAAAAAUGAGGUGAGUGUUGUUGUUUCACUAAUUACUAUGAUUGCACCCUCUGCAUUUGAACUUGUGGCAGCACUAGAGAUGUAUCACCCUAGAACCACUCUUCGCUUUCAGCUUGCCAGGGUUCUGGUUUUAUAUCUGGGAAACCUCUACAGUUUAAUUAUUGCUCUGUUGGAUAAAGUGGACAGCAUGAGUAUCGCUGAAGCUGAAGCUAACAGCAGUACAAGUAACUGGAUAGAUUCCACCACCUUUUUAGCCACCAGAACCCUUCCCGAAGAAGACAACUUAUCUACAACUGUCCCUGAUAUAAGAAUUAAGGGAAACAGCACGUUGACUCUGGAAAAGAGUCAUACUCAGAACUAUACAAUACCUGUUGUGCUCGUUAACAAGACAACUUCCUAUCCCUACAACAUGCAAAGUCAGAAGGAUCAGUGCUGGGAAACGUACGUUGGUCAGGAAAUGUUGAAGCUGUCAAUUAUCGACAUGAUUUUCACAGUGGCAAGCAUUCUGCUAAUAGACUUUUUCCGUGGACUAUUUGUCCGAUACUUAAGUGAUUGCUGGUGCUGGGAUCUGGAAAGCAAGUUUCCGGAAUAUGGAGAAUUCAAAAUUGCAGAGAAUGUGCUACAUUUGGUCUACAACCAAGGAAUGAUUUGGAUGGGAGCCUUCUUUUCACCCUGCCUCCCAGCCUUCAAUGUUCUGAAGUUGAUUGGGCUUAUGUACCUGAGGAGCUGGGCUGUGUUAACAUGUAACGUACCACAUCAGCAGGUUUUCAGAGCUUCAAGAUCUAAUAACUUCUACUUGGCUAUGUUGCUGUUUAUGUUGUUCUUGUGCAUGUUACCAACAAUUUUUGCUAUUGCCCGAUAUAAACCAUCUUUAAGCUGUGGUCCAUUUAGUGGACAAGAGAAAAUAUAUGAUAUUGUGUCUGAAACAAUUAAAGCAGAUUUUCCUGUAUGGUUCAACACGGUGAUUAAUUAUAUCAGCAGCCCUGUAGUUGUCCUCCCUGCAUUAUUACUUCUAUUCAUGCUAAUUUAUUAUCUGCAGAGUAUUGCAAGGUCAUUAAAAUUCACCAACAGGCAACUGAGAAUGCAGAUCCAAACAGAAAGAACCGAAGACAAGAAAAAGGUGGUUCACAUAGCAGUAGCCAGUAUCCAGAAUCUAGAGGGAAAUGACAAAAGACCAGAGCAGGAGAAUGACCUCACCAAUCAGGAAUCCUCAGCUCGGUCAUCGACACCCCGAAAGAAUGGCAGCGUCUUGAAUUUUGAAUCUCCAGUGACUAAAGGCAGCAGAAUACAAACAAUCUCACAAUUUGUACCCCAAGCUGAUGUUGCUAGGCCAGCAAAUAUAACGCCAAUGACUCCAACCCCUUUAACACCAACUCCGUCUGUUCCUAGCAUACAGAAGCGUAGAACUGAGCAGGUUGCACACAGGUACUCAAGUGUUGUACAUGGAAGUACAAGUGAGCUCUGUAAAACAAAGCCCUACACUCCUCUGACUUUCAAAAAGCAUGUUGAAGAUGUUCAUUCUGAACCUCUCUUUAGGAAAGGUAUCCAACAAGUAAAUCCAGACACUUUUGGGGCAGGAGCUCCAGCUUUUGUGGGACGCAAAGUGCCCACCACAAGGUAUUUUAUUGUUAACGAACAUGAAUCCCGCAAAAAGCUUCUCCGUUCCACUUCCCGGCUCCCAAGGCAUUUCAGAAUGGAGGAGUCAGGAGACAUAGUUGAAUUAUAUCCAAGGAACGUCAGAAGAUAUGUGGUUCGAACACCACACAGGACAUACUCCCCUCACUUCAGUGAAGAGGAAGAGGAGGAGGAGGAAUUAAGGAGAGACUUGAUAAACAGAUCCUACCGACCACGCUCACUCUCAGAUCUUCGCCCAGGUCCCCGAUUUUACAUUGGUGAACGUGUGGACAGUCAAAUCCUUAGGGGCAAGGAUCUAGUCAAAAUGCACUACAAAUCCUGGGAUGAUGGCUUUGAGCUAGAACGAGAUAGACCUCCACAUUCCCACAAAAAGUCACACAUGAAACAUGUGGCUCUUGAUCAGCCCUAUCCAGAGCAUCAUGUGAAACCUAAAUCCAAGCAUAACCUCGAACAAUCUCUAACAGAGUCCGAUUCCAUUUCCAUUGGAUCUAGCAGCGAUCAGCAAACCAGCAGCAAUGAUCAAUACAUCCAAGUCAUUCAUAGUAAGGAAAAAUAUCUGAAAUCUGGGGCAAAGUUUACCAGAAAGAAACCAAAGACUACUGUUGACCGAAACAUGUCUGAAUCUAAUGAACUGAUAUGUUCAAAUGUCUAGGAAAAUGCUCCAUCUGUUUUGUGUUAUGAACAUAUAUAUUUGUAGAGACCUUUCAGCAGCCAUUUGAACCAAAGAGGACCAUUGAAAUAUAGUCUUCUGAACUACAGUACAUGCAACUGUUUUUGAAGUGGAUAAAGCAUUCUUUAGCUUUGUGUUUAAUUUUACUUGUACCCAAGUUUAGUAUCACAUCACAGAUGCAUUACAAAAAUCUGGAGAGAAGUAUUUUUGCAUUAUUGCUCAUUACUAUACAGUAAAAAUAUAUUGUAAAAAUAAAAUGUGUACGGAGCACCAGGA